GUUUUGAAACAGGUUUUGCCCGGCAUUCUGCAGAAGCAUUGCUGUAUCUUACCAGACAGGAACACAGAGUCCCAGUGCACCCUCUGCGGGGAGCCGGAAGAGGAAGAGGGCGGGGACCUGGUCCAGCCGGGCAUCAGCUUUCCGGGGCCGGCCGAGGAGGAUCUAGACCAGCAGCACUCAUGGUCCCCGACUCAGCACUUCAAUGAAGAUCGGUACUCCCCAGCGCUGAGGACUAUGAAAGGCUUGUCCGGGAGCCGGAACCCGCCCUCGCUGUGCUCUGGCCACACCUGUGGCUUGACGCCCCCCGAGGACUGCGCGCACAGCCACGGCCACCUGCACCGUGGCCCGGAGGCGCGGCAGCCCUACCUGCUCAGCCCGGCCGAGAGCUGCCCGAUGGAGCGUCACCGCUGCUCCCCGCGGACCUCCGUCCACUCCGACUGCAUGAUGCUGCCGGUGGCGCUGGGAGACCACGUGUCCAGCAGCACCUUUCCCCGGAUGCACUACAGCUCCCACUACGACACCAGGGACGACUGCGCCGUGGCCCACGCCGGCGCCAAGGCCAACCGGAUCCCGGCCAACCUGCUGGACCAGUUCGAGAAGCAGCUGCCCCUGCACAGGGACGGCUUCCACACGCUGCAGUACCAGCGCACCUCCGCGGCUGCCGAGCAGCGCAGCGAGAGCCCCGGCCGCAUCCGGCACCUGGUCCACUCCGUGCAGAAGCUCUUCACCAAGUCCCACUCCCUGGAGGGCUCGUCCAAGGGCCACGUCAACGGCACCAAGGGGGACGGCCGGGCGGACGAGCACGCCCACGGCCACCACUCCAAGCACGGCAAACGGAGCAAGAGCCGGGAGCGCAAGGCCGAGGGCCGCCACCGCUCGGGGCUCAGCAGCUGGUGGAGCUCGGACGACAACCUGGACAGCGACAGCACCUACCGAGCCUCCAGCGUGCUCAGCCGUCACCCCGCCGACCCUGCGGCCCACUGCUUCCCCGACGCGCUGCCCGGCCCCUUCGGGGACCUCUCGCUGCGGAUCUCCAAGAGCAACAGCGACGUCAAGUGCUCGGCCUGUGAGGGCCUGGCCCUGGCGCCGGACGCCAAGUACAUGAAGCGCAGCUCCUGGUCCACGCUCACGGUGAGCCAGGCCAAGGAGGCCUACCGCAAGAGCUCCCUGCACCUGGACAAGCCGCUGGGGCCCCCGGAGCUGAAGCCGCCACUGCGGCCCUGCCACUACCUGCAGGUGCCCCAGGACGAGUGGGGAGGGUACCCCACUGGGGGCAAAGACGAGGAAAUUCCCUGCAGGAGGAUGAGGAGUGGGAGUUACAUCAAAGCCAUGGGUGACGAGGAAAGCGGGGAGUCGGACUCCAGCCCCAAAAUGUCCCCCAAGGUGGCCCUCCGGCCGGAGCCCCUGCUCAAGUCCAUCGGACAGAGGCCGCUGGGAGACCUCCAAACCCAGAGCUACCUGCAAGCUGCCAGCGACGGGCCCGCCGGCCACAGCCUGGACCCCUCUGCCAACUACGGCUCCCCGAAAUUCCGCUCCCGGAACCAGAGCUACAUGCGGGCCGUCAGCACGCUCAGCCAGGCCAGCUGCGUCAGCCAGAUGAGCGAGGCAGACGUCAACGGGCAGCUCGAGUCGGUGUGUGAAUCCGUCUUCAGUGAAGUGGAGUCUCAGGCCAUGGACGCCCUGGACCUCCCGGGAGGCUUCCGCACACGAAGUCACAGCUACCUGCGCGCCAUUCAAGCUGGUUACUCCCAAGACGAUGAACGCAUCCCCCUGACGAUUCCCUCUGACGUCAGCUCAACCGCCAGACCCACGGCAGCCGUGUCCUACACCAACUACAAAAAGACGCCGCCUCCCGUACCCCCCCGCGCCACCUCCAAGCCUCUGAUCUCGGUGACAGCGCAGAGCAGCACCGAGUCCACGCAGGACGCCUACCAGGACAGCCGCGCCCAGAGGAUGGCCCCGUGGCCCCAGGACAGCCGCGGCCUCUACAACUCCACGGACAGUCUGGACAGCAACAAGGCCAUGAGCCUGGCCCUGGAGACGGCCGCGGCCCAGCGCCAUGCUGCCGAGGGCCAGGGCGGCUCGGCGCGGACCAGUGACAAGGCUACCGUCGUGUCCAAGGCCGAGGGCUUCCUCCAGAGCCGGCACUCCUCCGUCGGGGUCCAGGAUUCUGAAUUCCCAGAGCAUCAGCCAUACCCAAGGUCAGAUGUGGAAACGGCUACCGACUCUGACACGGAGAGCCGGGGCCUGCGGGAGUACCAGUCUGUCGGCGUGCAGGUGGAGGACGAGAAGAGAUGCGGACGCUUUAAGCGUUCCAACAGCGUGACGGCCGCGGUGCAGGCGGACCUGGAGCUGGAGGGCUUCCCGGGACAUGUCGCCACGGAGGACAAGGGCCUGCAGUUCGGGUCCUCCUUCCAGAGGCACUCGGAGCCCAGCACCCCGACCCAGUACGGGGCGGUGCGGACCGUCCGGACCCAGGGGCUCUUCAGCUACCGAGAGGACUAUCGGACCCCCGUGGACACUGCCGACCUGCCCCCUCCCGACCCCUGGCUGGAGCCGUCCAUGGACACGGUGGAUGGCGGCCGCAUGUCUCCGUGCCACAGGGACGGCGCUUGGUUUCUGAAGCUGCUGCACAGCGAGACGAAGAGGAUGGAAGGCUGGUGCAAAGAGAUGGAGAGGGAAGCGGAGGAGAACGACCUCGCGGAAGAAAUACUCGGGAAAAUCAGGAGUGCUGUGGGGAGUGCCCAGCUUUUGAUGUCGCAGAAAUUCCAGCAGUUUUACUGGCUUUGCCAACAGAACAUGGACCCCAGCGCCAUGCCCAGGCCCACCUCGCAGGACCUGGCCGGGUACUGGGACAUGCUGCAGCUGUCCGUCCAGGACGUCAGCAUGAAGUUCGACGAGUUGCACCAGCUGAAGCUCAGCGACUGGAAGGAGGUGGCGUCCCCGGAGAGGAAGGAGGAAAGAAAGGUCCCCCCUCCAAUACCAAAGAAGCCCCCCAAAGGGAAACUUCCCAUCACCAGAGAGAAGUCUCUGGACCUGCCGGACAGACAGCGCCAGGAGGCCCGGAGGCGUCUGGCGGCGGCCAAGAGGGCAGCGUCCUUCCGCCAGAGCUCGGCCAGCGAGCGGGCCGACAGCAUCGAGAUCUACAUCCCCGAGGCCCAGACCCGGCUCUAG